CGGAUUUGUAAGUUCGUGAUUUGUAAAAAUAAUUAAAAUAGAAGGAAUAAGAUCUUCUCUAAAUUUUAUAUAAUCUAUAAGAAUAUAAGGGAACUGAGGCCAGAAUAGAUGUUACAUCUGAAUAGCUGUCUCCGGCAGAGCCAACAGGUUGUUUGGAAUACACGUGCUCGUAGGCGUGCUGUGUAGCUUAGUCAAAGGUUAAUUGAAUUUAAAUAGUAUUAGAAAAAGUAUGAUUCGCAAGGUGCCGCUGAUUGUAAUCCUCGGUUCCACGGGCACCGGCAAGACGAAACUAUCGCUGGAACUGGCGGAGCGCUUUGGAGGCGAGAUAAUUAGUGCAGAUUCCAUGCAAGUCUACACCCACCUGGACAUAGCAACCGCCAAGGCCACUAAGGAGGAGCAGGCGAAGGCCAGGCACCAUCUUCUGGACGUAGCCACUCCGGCCGAGCCCUUCACAGUCACCCACUUUCGAAACGCCGCGCUUCCUAUACUUGAGGGACUCCUCUCCAAAGCUAAGCCGCCCAUUGUGGUGGGCGGAACCAAUUAUUACAUUGAGUCCUUGAUGUGGGACAUUCUCGUGGACUCUCAAGAGACGCAUGCCUCCCACUUGGAACUGAAGUUGCAGGAAGAUGAACUGGCUGGCAUGUCCACCUUGGACUUGCACAAACACUUGGCCCAAAUAGACGUGGGUAGUGCGAACCGCAUACACCCAAACAAUCGCCGCAAGAUACUGCGAGCCAUUGAAGUCUACCAGGCCACCGGGCAGACGUUGACCAACAAGCUGGCGGAGCAGCGCGGACAGCCCGGUGGCAACCGAUUGGGCGGACCUUUACGCUACCCCCACACCAUCCUUCUGUGGCUACGGUGCCAGCAGGACGUCCUUAACGAGCGCCUAGAUGCCCGAGUUGAUGGAAUGCUGAAGCAGGGCUUGCUCCCGGAGUUGAGAGCAUUUCACAAAGCCCACCACGCUGUCACAGUCCAAGCGUACACAUCGGGGGUCUUGCAGACCAUUGGCUACAAGGAGUUUGUACCAUAUUUGAUGAAGUUUAAUGAACAGCAGGAUGCAGAGAUAGAGGAGUAUCUGAAGAAUCACAAUUUCAAGCUGCCUUCUCCCGAGGAACUUAAGCAGGAGGGUCUUCCAGAGGGUCUAGAAACCCUACGUAGGUGCUGCGAUGAGCUGAAGCUGGUCACUCGACGCUACUCCAAAAAGCAGCUAAAGUGGAUCAACAACCGGUUCCUGGCCAGCAAGGAUCGCCAGGUCCCAGAUCUCUACGAGCUAGACACCAGUGAUGUGGGCGCCUGGUCGGAGGCGGUUUACCAGCGAGCGGAGGCCAUCAUUGAGAGCUAUAGGAAUGAUGAAGCCAGUGGGAUUCAACCCAUGGCUAAAAGAGAACAUCCUGGAAGCGGCUUGGAUGAGGAGUCUAGCCACUUCUGUGACAUCUGCGAGAGGCAUUUCGUUGGGGAAUACCAAUGGGGUCUGCAUCUCAAAUCUAACAAGCAUAAACGCCGGAAGGAAGGGCAAAGAAAGAGGGAGCGGGAGCAGGAAACUAAACAAACAAUGGAAGAACUCCAGGAGAAGAAGCAGAAGAGAGCUGACGAGGGGGUACCCGAGGAGGUGGAGGCAACCAUCAGCCGCGUCACUGAUACUGAUAAGGAAUUGUAAACCAGUCUCCGGCCUGGCAAUAAAUGUACCUACGUAAAUUUGA